AUGGGGUUGAAUAAGUAUUUAACGCCUUGUAGAAUCCCAAUUGUGAAGUAUUGGAAGAUGACUUUAUGUUUCAAAUUUUGAAUGAGUAUCACUAGUUUGGCUAAAGGAUAUAAGUAUGAUAUCUAUAUUUCUGUCUUCGUCAUUGAUGGUAUUGCUAAUGUUUGAGACAAUGGCUCAUAUAUAUAUAAGCUUAUAAGAUAUAGCUUUUCCCCAUAAAUAGCCCCAUAGAGCCAAUUUUUUUCAUGAGUUUAAUUUUUGAGAGGACCAAAAAUUAAGCCCAGUAGGCAGAUCAUAGCCUUAUUGGGUAUUUAUGGGAAAAACCCAAGGCAGCUCAUAAUCACUACUAUUUGAUUUUAACUCUUGUGAUAUCCUCCAAUUAUUCCUAUCCCGCACUCUUCAAAAGAGGUUUUAACGCGGCAAUCAAUACAUACAGAGACAGCCAUUACCAGGCUUAUCAACUGCUUAAAUUUUAG